GGCGGCGCGAGGGAGCUGACGUCAAGGCGCAGGGCAUUGUGGGGCGGGCGCGGCCCCGGCGACGCCAUUUUCCGAGCGGGCGCGAGGCUGAGGAGCAGAGCCGGCAGAGGAUGCUGCGGGGCGGCCGCGGAGGCGCCCCCUGCUCGUGACCGCCGCUCCCAGGGACAGCGCGACAGCGCAGCCGCCGACCGGACGAAUGUAUGACAACAUGUCCACGAUGGUGUACAUAAAGGAAGACAAGUUGGAGAAGCUCACACAGGAUGAAAUCAUCUCUAAGACAAAGCAAGUGAUCCAGGGGCUGGAGGCGCUGAAGAAUGAGCACAACUCCAUCUUGCAGAGUCUGCUGGAGACGCUCAAGUGCUUGAAGAAGGAUGACGAGAGCAACCUGGUGGAGGAGAAGUCCAACAUGAUCCGGAAGUCCCUGGAGAUGCUGGAGCUCGGCCUGAGCGAGGCGCAGGUAAUGAUGGCUCUGUCAAAUCACCUGAACGCCGUUGAGUCGGAGAAGCAGAAACUACGAGCUCAAGUCCGCCGUCUAUGCCAAGAGAACCAGUGGCUGCGGGAUGAGCUGGCCAACACUCAGCAGAAGUUACAGAAGAGCGAGCAGUCGGUGGCGCAGCUGGAGGAGGAGAAGAAGCACCUAGAGUUCAUGAACCAGCUGAAGAAGUAUGAUGACGACAUUUCCCCCUCGGAGGACAAAGACACUGAUUCUGCCAAAGAGCCCUUGGAUGACCUGUUCCCAAAUGACGAGGAUGACCCAGGCCAAGGAAUCCAGCAGCAGCACAGCAGUGCGGCCGCCGCUGCCCAGCAGGGUGGCUAUGAGAUCCCCGCACGGCUGCGCACGCUCCACAACCUGGUGAUUCAAUACGCCUCGCAGGGGCGCUACGAAGUGGCUGUGCCACUCUGCAAACAGGCCCUGGAGGACCUGGAGAAGACGUCCGGCCACGAUCACCCUGAUGUGGCCACCAUGCUCAACAUCCUGGCCCUGGUGUACAGGGACCAGAACAAGUACAAAGAUGCAGCUAAUCUGUUGAAUGAUGCCUUGGCCAUCCGUGAGAAAACGCUGGGCAAGGACCAUCCUGCGGUGGCGGCAACUCUGAACAACCUGGCUGUCCUGUAUGGGAAACGAGGGAAGUACAAAGAGGCCGAGCCGCUGUGCAAGAGAGCCCUGGAGAUCCGGGAAAAGGUCCUGGGAAAGGAUCACCCUGAUGUUGCCAAGCAAUUGAAUAACUUGGCCUUACUGUGCCAGAAUCAGGGCAAAUAUGAAGAGGUGGAAUAUUACUACCAGAGGGCCUUGGAGAUCUACCAGACGAAACUGGGCCCUGAUGACCCCAAUGUGGCUAAGACCAAGAACAACCUGGCAUCCUGCUAUCUGAAACAAGGAAAGUUCAAGCAGGCGGAAACACUGUACAAAGAGAUUCUCACCCGUGCACACGAGCGGGAGUUUGGCUCCGUGGAUGAUGAAAAUAAGCCCAUUUGGAUGCAUGCUGAAGAAAGAGAAGAGUGCAAAGGAAAGCAGAAGGAUGGGACGUCCUUUGGAGAGUAUGGCGGCUGGUACAAAGCCUGUAAAGUGGAUAGCCCAACUGUCACGACCACUUUGAAAAACCUUGGAGCACUUUACCGACGCCAGGGCAAAUUUGAAGCUGCAGAAACAUUAGAAGAAGCUGCCAUGAGGUCACGUAAGCAGGGUCUGGACACUGUUCACAAACAGAGAGUGGCCGAAGUGCUCAACGACCCAGAGAGCACGGAGAAGCGGCGGAGCCGGGAGAGCCUGAGCUCGGACGUGGUCAAGUACGAGAGCGGCGCUGACGGAGGGGAGGAAGUGAGUAUGAGCGUAGAGUGGAACGGGGACGGCACUGGAUCUUUAAAGCGCAGUGGUUCCUUUAGCAAACUCCGUGCUUCCAUUAGACGCAGCAGUGAGAAGCUGGUUAGAAAGCUGAAGGGAGGAAGCUCUCGGGAGAGUGAGCCGAGGAACCCUGGGGCGUCCCCAGCAGAGCCUCUCUGCGUGGAGAAUGACAGCAGCAGCCUGGAAGACGCCAGCACUAAUGUGAGUGUCUGCACCCCCAUGGGUCCCCAUGGCCCAGUCCACGCUCACCCGACCCCAGGCGUUGAGCUGUGCUUCUCCACAGUGACUGGCCCGGCCUGCUGCAGGAUACCAGACGCCGCUGCCACCACCGUGGUGGCCCAGAGCUGGCCCCAGACAGCCAGGGUGAGGACGGGGCCCUCAGUUUCGGAGUGCUCGCUUGGCCUCCAGACGGCGCCGGGGAGGCUGCACUAACCACCACGCACACCCAGCCUGGUGCUGCCAGGCAAAAGGAUGGCAGGCAGCAUGUGGUCCCUUGGGCUACCCACUGGACCCCAUAUCACACCUGCCUGGCCUCCCAGGCCACCGCUCAUGCGUUAGCUCCUGCGUUUGUGUGAGGAUGUAUUUUACUGUAAAGUCUGUAAAAGUAAAUGUUUCUACCCUCA